AUGUCCGGACUUGACACAUACAAGACGCCCCUCGAUGGCAGAUAUGCCAGCGAGGAGGCCAAGAAGCUGUUCUCCCAGCGCAACCGUCACUCCACCUGGAGACAGCUUUGGCUAUGGUUGGCCGAGAGCGAGAAGGAGCUUGGCAUCGACGGAAUCUCUGAGGAGGCUUUGGAGCAAAUGAGAGCUCACCUGACAUUGACCGAUGAGGACUUCAAAGUGGCUGCCGUUGAGGAGAAGAGACGUCGUCAUGACGUGAUAUUGACAUAUUCGGUCGCAGACGUUCACGCUUUCGGCCAAGUUGCGCCCGCCGCCGCUGGCAUUAUUCACCUCGGGGCGACGAGCUGCUUCGUCACUGACAACGCAGAGCUCAUCCUGAUGAGAAAUGCUAUGGACCUUCUCUUGCCCAAGCUGGCCAAGGUCAUUCACAACCUCUCUCAGUUCGCUCUUCAGCACAAGGAGCUCGCAACUCUGGGAUUCACCCACUACCAGGCCGCACAACUCAUUACCGUGGGACGCCGCGCCGCACAAUGGAUCCAGGACUUGUGCAUGGACUUGAAGAACAUCGAGACCGCGCGCGAGCGUCUGGCCUUCCGUGGUGCGAUGGGCACCACCGGAACCCAAGCUUCCUUCAUGGAGAUCUUCCAGGGUGACGGUGCCAAGAUCGACAAGCUCAACGACCUUCUCUGUGAGAAGGCUGGCUUCCCUAAGACUUACGACAUCUCAACCCAGACAUACACCCGCAAGACCGAUCUCGACGUCAGCAACGCUAUUUGCGGCCUGGGCGCGACUGCCAUGCACAUCACCAAUGACAUCCGUCACCUCGCCCACUCCAAGGAGAUGGAAGAGCCUUUUGAGAAGGACCAAAUCGGUUCUUCGGCAAUAUGGCACACGUCUUCACACUGGAUGCUCGCACAGGCGGCCUUAACCAGCGACCAAGACACAUUUCAACGAGCUGACACCACUACUAGAAACCCCAUGCGCAGCGAGCGCAUCUGCUCUCUCGGACGCAAGCUGCGCUCUUUGCCGGCCAACUUCGCGGAUACGUACGCGGACCAGUGGUUUGAGCGCACGCUCGACGACUCUGCUAUUCGGAGAAUAGAUAUCCCCGAGAUGUUCCUCUUGGCCGAAGUUGUGCUAACAUGCCUAGAUGCCAUCCUUCUCGGACUCGACAACGUCACGUCCGGCCUGGUCAUCUACCCUGAGGUCAUCCGCGCCCACGUGAUGGAAGAGCUCCCCUUCAUGGCAACCGAGAACAUCAUCAUGAAGAUCGUCGCCAAGGGCGGCUCGCGCCAGGAGGCCCACGAGGAGAUCCGCGUUCUGUCCCACCAGGCCGCCGACGUCGUCAAGAAGCAGGGCGGCAAGAACGACCUCAUCGAGCGCAUCAAGGCCACCGAGUACUUCAAGCCCGUCUGGGACUCCAUCGACCAGCUCCUGGACCCCAACCUGUUCACCGGUCGUUCCGCGACCAUGGUCCAGCGCUACUGCGGCGAGGGCGGUCCUGUCCAGGAGCAGAUCAAGCCCUACGCCGAGUACAUCAAGAACACUGGCGCUGCCGAGCUCAACGUCUAA